AUGAAUAUCACAGGUCAGCAAAUGUCGGCUCAAGCACAUCAGCAUCAUCAGCAAGCGUGGCAGCACCAUCAGCAAGUAAUGCUGCAUCAGGCCAAUGUGACGCAGAGCAUGCGUCAGAACAUGCAGAACAUGAUGCAGUCAGUCAUGACGCCUCCUUUGCCUGCAUUGCCGGUACCGUCGCCAGGUUACCAGCGGCAGGCGAGCUAUAGCCAGCAGACUAGCAGGCAGCAGAUCCACUACGCACAAUCUCCACAUGCUGUGCAACAGGUCAAUGCUCAGCAGAUCCAGUACACAUCUCCUCAGACCAGGCCGCAGGUUGGGCACUUGCAGCGACCUCCAACACCGCACAGCAGGGUCAUUGGUGAAGAGGGUAGCGACAGCGAGGAGGAGUCUGAUAGUGACGAUGAAUUAUCCGAUAGUGACCACGAGAGCCACAGGGCAGAAAUUGACCACGAUAGAGUCGACAACGAGCAGUCCGAUCGAUCCUUGCGGCAAAGACUGGCUGCCACCGAGCAGAGCAUGCUUGUCAUGCAGCAGACACUCACUGCCCAGCAGCAGCACCUCCAGCAAGAUUGGGCGAACGAACGUGAAGAGCGCAAAGCUCGAGACAAACGCGAGCAUGAAGAACGUAAAGCCAGAGACUCUGCUAUUACGCGCGAGAUGGAGGCUUUGCGUCGGCAGAAUGCCGCACAACUUCACGUUCAUGAGAAGCAACAUGCCAAAGAGCGCGAGGAGCGGAAAGUUCAGGAGGCACGUGGCCGCGCAGAGCUCGAGGCUAAAGCACGCGAGGCGGAUAGUCUGCGUCAACAGCUUGACCGCCACCGCCGCCUUCAGCUCGAGCAAGAGCAGCAGCACGGCCGCGAACUUGCGUCUCUGGCAACGCAAGCUCGCUCCCCACAACCACAACCUGGCGUAGACAUGUCGGCGUUGCAGAAGGUUAUCGACGAGAUCCGUACACACAAGAUCGAGAAGGGCGACAUCCGCGCAUUGAUUGAUGACGUCGUUGGCAAGCAACUGAAAGGUGUGGCCAGAGCGGAAGAUCUGGAAUCUGCGACUGCGAAGAUGGAAAAGACCUUGAGCGAAGUCAGGCCAGGUGCUUCAGCCUCGGAAAUGAAAGGUGCAGUUGACAAGGGUCUGUUCGAGGCCGUGGAGAGAGUCGCCAAGCAUGCGCGGAAGCAGCAGCGCAUCGAACAAGCUCCGCCGGCUGCAGGGAUGUCUAGGCAGAUAUCUCCGAUCGGUCCGCAUGUCGAGUAUAUGGUCGAAGAGCUAGAGGAUGAGCCUGUGGUGAGCUCUUUAAAGAAGGAAAGCAAGGCUGGGCCAUCACCCGCCGCCGUACGCAGCAAUGAUAUGACAAGCAUUGGCGGCAGCCUGAAAGCCGGCAGCCCUGCGGUCACGGCUCCUGGAACUCAGGUUGCUCGUGUGAAGAAGUCGCAAGACCCCAAGCAGACCUCAGCGAUAGCCUCGGGCGCGUUGACACGGAGCCCAGUGCCAGGAGCUAAUCAAUCGCAGACAAAGCCGUCUGCUAGCCAUCAUUCAGUGCAUCCUGGCGGAGACACUACACUCGCACGCAUAAGCAAGGAGCCAAAAUCGCCGGUUCGGGAGCCGGCGCCUCGGACAUCGAGUACGCUGGCGCCAAUACCACGAACGGAAGGGUCGUCCUCCAAGAAUAAGUCAUGGCUUUCGGCGGCCGUUCCGCAGAAAGACCCAGGUAGCGCCGUGCUUCUGGUGAAGGAUCCAGAGGCGCAGGUACAAAUGGAGGCGGCUCCUUCCCGCGCGGAGCUACAGAGUAGUAGCGCUAUGGCAAGGUACAAUCCGAGCAAUCGCGGCGAACAAGACCCUGCGGUGCCCAAGAACCAAAGAAGGUCAAGCAACUUAUGUAUCCGGAGACACCGACACCAGGGACCGUCGCUGAUGGUCAAGCUCUGGUAA